GGGUGCUGAUCCUGGCGGUGCACAGUUGCGCGCGCCGCCGCCAGAUGGCCGCCGAGGAGAAGCAGGCGCGCGAGCAGCCGAAGGACGACCACCACGUCACCAAGAUCAACCGCGAGGAAGAAUGGUGACUAGGUCUCGGCUCCUCCUCCUCCUCCUGCAUCACCUCGCCUCCCACACGCGUCUGGGAGACCAGAGACUCCUCGGGGGCGGUCAUCUCCACCCAGUGGGAGGUGUCGACGGAGGCCCUCGCCCGCAGCGGGAAGCACGCCAGCUGGGAAGAGUCGACGGCGUUUCGGGAGGUGUCUGCCGGCGGUCCUGGGCGGUUCAAGGUGUCCAGGGUGUGACGGGGACGCUGCACACUGCCACACACACCACACGCUUCCCUUCGCUGCUUUUGGAACACGUCCUUGCUCUGUGCGCCUUUUUCUUUCUUUUCUUUUCUCUUUCGUUCUCGUUAUGUUCUACGAUUGUCUUUCGUUUCCUUUCUCUCUUCUUCGGCUUGUCUUCCUUUCGUACUCAGGUUAGGCAAUUUUUCCUAACAGAUCUCACCGCGCGUUUUUUUUCUUUAUUUUCCUUUUUUCUUUUUCUUUUUAUUUUCUUUUUUUUCUAUUUUUUGAGAAGGAGGAGUCACAAACGCUUUUUUUUACUGAAAAAAUUCCAUUUUAGAAUUAUCAUUAUAUGAUAGAUUAGAUUAUUAUACAUAUCUAAGCGACAGUUAACCCCGUGAGAAAGACCAAAAAAAAAAAAAAAAACACCUGAAUAUCAAAAAGUUAUUUUUACUUAUAAUUCUCGCGCGGUUUCUGUUCCAGCUCCGUUCACUUGUUCACUUAUUUUAAACGUAGUGUAGAUUUUUAUUGUUUAUUUUCCACAAGUAUACAAGUAUACCAGAUAUGUAAAUGUGCCGGACGCCUAUGUAUAUAGAACAGAGAUUCCUAAAGUGCGGUUUACAAAGGGUAUUCCACUUGUAAUAAAUACUUUCCAUUUAUUAAUUUGGAGUUAAAGGUUAUAGAUCUAUCAACAAAAGGUAUGAUAACUAAUUAACAGAAAUAUACCGAAAAUCCCCAAGAGAAAGGGGAAAUUUACAAUUAGUAGGCCUAUACCUCUUUGUAACGAAUAGGCCUAUACCUUUUAUGUAACAAGUAGGCCUAUGCCUUUUUGUAACUAGGGAAUCACUGGUUAUAGACAUUUUGAAAGAAGAACGUCUUGGAAAAGCAUACAUUGCCAGCUUGUAUAUAUAUAAAAAGCCUUAGAAGAUGGACCACUUGUGUUGGUAAUAGACUUAAAGCUGAACAAAAAAGUGUACAUA